AUGAAAAACAUAAAAAAAUGUUUUAUGUCUUUCGAGAAUUUAGAAUUAGAAAAAAGGUAUCAGUUAGAGAGAUCCUAAUCUAUAAAAAAACCAGUAUAUACUUGCAUGCUUUGUUUAUCCUUUAUUUGUAAUAUCGUAGCGAUAAUUAUACGAUCAACAUAAAGACCUGUUUUAAGUUUAUAUUUAAAUUGGAUCUUGACUUUAUCAACGAUUUUAUAAUUUAUUUUUGUUAUUGUGAUGAGAAAAGUAUAAUUUUUACAAUUUGGAAUAACAUUUUCAAGUAUUAUGAUAGGAUUUUUAUAAUUAAAUGUAGAUUAGUAAACAGAAACAAAAAGUGAAUUUUAUGCAUAUGGAAAUGCUUUUAUGUAAUAUUAAGCAGUUUUAUACUUAAUAUCAAGCUUUAAUCAUGCAAUUAUUUAAGUGACCAUUCAUUUAAUUUUACGUAUAUUAAUUACAAUAUUUUAAUCAAAUAAAAUUGAUUGGCUAUUGGUUGGAUUAGGAAUUAUUGGUGGAUUACUUAUACUGAUUGCUGUACAUUAAAAUGAAUAUAGAUCUCGAUAAAAUUUUAUUUAAAAUUUAAAGGAAAAUUAGCUUUAGGAUGUGUACUCUUUUAUAAUUUAGAAACCUUUUUUUAAAAUAUCAUUUUCAGAAGGAUAAUUAAUGUUUAAUCUAAAUACUAAGUAUUAGAUUGAUUAAUUUCCUGGUUUUGAUUAAUAUUAUUGUGAUGGAUGCAAUAUUAGAAAUUUAAUGAGAUCUUAUAUUAUUGAUAAAAAAUAAAAUGUUGAAUCUUUUUUAUUAUCUUAAAAAUUAUAAACAUUUGGAUAAUUAUUAAUUACAUUUAAAAAGUAAACUUUCUAAAUAAAAUAUUGCAGGGUUGAUCUUUAAUAAUAGAAUUACUUAAUUAUUUUAUAAGAAAUGGAUAUUUAAGAUAAAUAUAAAAUAAACAUAGAAAAAGAGUAAUAGAAGUUGUAAUCAUUUUUGAGAGUGAAUUCAAAUUUUAGAUAUAAAAAAUUAUUUAAUUGGGGAGUACUUUCAAUUGUGUUGUUAAAUAAUAAAACAAUAUAAAAAAUAGAUUUAAAAUAAGUAAUAGCCAGAUUAAUAAAUAUUUAUAAAAAACAUUUAUUUCCCAAUUUAACUAUAGAGAUAGAUUGUGAUGAGAAGAAUUUAUACAUUUACUCAUUUAAAAAUUAAUUGUAAAUUUUUUUAAUGUAAACAUUUGAGAUUAUUUCAAAGAUUUAAUACUUUGAAAGGAAAAAGGAUGUAUUUUUAAUUUUGAAAAGAAAAGGAUGCGAUGUAUUAAUAAAAAUUUUUAAUAUAAAUCAAACUUAAUUUAAUUUGAAUUUUUGUUAAAACUUUUUUAUUUAACGUGUUUAAAGUCUAAUCAUAAAUAAUAUUUAGAACUUAGAUUGUAUAUGUUUAGAGAUUCGUAAUCAUCCUAUAGGAUCAUUUAAUCGAUAAUGA